UUUAAAUCAGUUCGGCAUACCGGAACUUCUUGUGGAAAUUCGGCCUCGGCAUUAUUGCAAAAAUAAUUAGUAAGAAAAACAGUCAAAAUGUUAAUCAAAGUAAAGACACUGACAGGAAAAGAGAUUGAAAUUGACAUUGAACCCACAGACAAAGUGGAGAGAAUAAAAGAGAGAGUAGAAGAAAAAGAGGGAAUUCCCCCACCACAACAAAGGUUGAUUUUCAGUGGUAAACAAAUGAACGAUGAAAAAACUGCACAGGACUACAAAGUGACAGGGGGUUCCGUUCUACAUUUAGUGUUGGCUUUAAGAGGAGGACAAUGAUAAUACGAUAAAAAAUCAAUGAAAAAAAAAAAACAACAUUAAUCCAAUCCUUGAUAAAUCAGUGAAAGUUAUUAUCUUAUUUAUCUUCAAAAAAGGAAAGUAAACUUUUGGGAUGGAUUUAGGCCUGACAAAAUUUAUUUUCAAAAAUCAAAGCAUUAAAGGAAGAUUGCUUGUUAUUGAGAAUACUAGUAUUGAGAUGUGUUUUGCUUCAACAUAUUUGCUAAUACAUGUACCUGUAGUAUAAGACUUUUGCAACAACUGCACUUGGAUAUUGAUGAAAAGUGUGUGAAAGAGAUGAGUGCGUGUAGCUAAAUGUUUUGUGUUAUGUUUAAUAAACUUUUCUCUUAU